CUCUUUUUUGCCCUAAUGGAUCUCUACUUUCCCUUUAGCUUUACAACUUUUGCUCUCUUUCUACCCUUGGUCUUCCUGUUUCUCACCAAAUGGAAGAAAUCCAAAGAUGGUAAAAAAUUGCCACCAGGUCCCAAGAAAUUGCCUAUUAUUGGACACAUGCACCUCGUAAGUUCACUUCCACAUCGUUCUUUCAGAGAUUUAGCCAAAAUAUAUGGACCGUUAAUGCACUUGAAGCUUGGUGAAACUUCAACCAUUGUUGUAUCUUCACCCAAAAUUGCCAAAGAGGUAUUGAAAACUCAAGAUCCUACUUUUGCAGCUAGGCCAGGAACUCUAGCUCUUGAAAUUAUUUCCUAUAACCAUGCCGCCAUUUCAUUUAGUCCAUACGAUAAUUACUGGAGACAAAUGCGAAGAAUAUGCAUUUUAGAACUCUUAAGUGCCAAGCAGGUGAAAUCGUUUGGAUCCAUUAGGAAUGAUGAGGUUUUUAAUGUCGUCAAAUCUAUUAGAUCUUCUGCUGGAAAACCAAUAAAUCUCACAGAAAAGAUUAUCUCAACAAUGAGUGCGGCAGUCCACACAAUAAUUCAUGCAGGGAGCCUCGCUUAUCUUAAUGUUCUCCUAUAA